GGUAGAGGGCGAUCCUCCCAAUUAACGGUCAUCGAAAGACGCUUGUGACUUUACAAAUGACUUGCAUAUUGAUUACCUUCCGUUUUUAAUGCCAUUUUUGAUUCUCGGACUAUAGGGAUGUACCGAAAACAUGUUUAUUGGAUUAUAUUGUUUGAUUUUGUUGUUGUUACCAGAUUCUGAAGGUGUCAUUGUGGAGAAGCAGAAAUCGGUCUGCAAUGACCACUGCUCCGUUCUGCAGCUGCACUGCCCUCGUUUUCACCGAAUCGCCAUCAGAGAGGCUCUGUAUGGGGUCCACUCCUUAAACUCCGCCUGUCCCGUCAACAUGGAUUGUUCAGACGCCAAGAGGGACAUAUGCUGUGAAAUGGUCGGGGGUAUGGACUGUCUCUUCCCCUACCCUCUGGACCACCUGAACAGCUUCCACACGAACUGCUCGGGCAAAGUGAUGUGUUCCGUGGAGAUGGACCACAAACAAGCGGCGUCGUCGGCGUGUUCCACGGCAGACCACAGAAACGUGUCUAGCUACUCCCUCGUCGACUAUGUCUGCGUUAAUGCUACGUUUACGGCAGAGAUAUGCAGCGAAACGGAAAUCUCCGUCAUAGGAAGAACGCUGUUUGCUAUAUAUAAUCCACACGACUAUUCUUCUCCGUUGACCGACACUUCGUGCACGUGCACUGCACGUUCCCACCAAUGGAGGACGGCAACGAACUACAUCUCGUCCUUCGCCGUGGACCUGCGUCUGACGGCGGAGUCCGGCUGCUCGGACACUGAACUGUUCAUGGCCUCGGGAGGCGAGUCCCAAGACGUCACCUGUGAAACAAGCAAGGGCGAUUCUUGGUUCCUGUAUCCGUUCGUUUCCAUUCUGAACUCUACAGGGGACUCCAUGGCAAGGUUGACAAUCGGGAAAAAUAAUCCGGAUUUUGUCUGGAUAGGAUUUGAAGGUAGUUUUGACGAAGAUAUUGUUUUGACCUGCAAGAGAGAUAAACCACACAAGGAAGAUCCUAAUGGCCCUACUCACAGUCAUGGUAAAUCGCCAAAUAACACCAUAAACAGAGUACACCAACGAUUUACUCCUCAAAAACCUUCAGAUAAAACAUCACCUGCUUGGAUAGCAAUAGGAACUGUUUUGGGCCUGGUCGUUAUGGCAGUCUUUGCACUGAUUAUCCUAUGGCUGAUUAGACGGAAAUCUAAGAAAGAGGAGAAGCCUCCCACUGUGGACAGCCAGAACCAGACCCACAUAUACGCAGAUUGUGACGAGCAGUUGACCAACCAGACUGGUCUAUCGUUGGAGCCUUUGGUCCUGGACGCCACGUAUUCCACCGUCGAAGAGAUGGCCUCCAUGGGCAACGCAUACGCCGUUCCGUGGGAGUACAAGAAAGCCACGUUCGACAGACAAGGCGGCGUCCAGUGCAAUGGGGCAUCAGCAAGAGAUGUGGAUUCGUCACGCGUGGACAGCGACGGGUUCGAGGACGUGUAUUUCACCCCGGAGCCGGAGCGAAGGAGCAAGUACCUGCAGGACACGUCGCCCGAGACAGAAGAUGCAGAAGAAGACCUAGAAGACAAGUAUGUGUCCGUGGAGGACAUCAAGCGGAACAAAAGAGCCAAGAAGAAAGUGCUCCUUAGAGAAAAACCAGACGACUACGAUAAACUGGAAUACAAUAAAAAGAGCCCCGAUGAGCCACCUCCUGGUUAUUCCAAGCUGGGAUUCUUUACCAACAGAGGUUACGACUCCACCAGUGACUAUUCUAAUCCCGACUCUGGCAAUACUGCUGACACGAGAAUCUCCAAGGACUGUGAUAGGUUACAUGUUAAUAAGCCGUCUGUUGGUCAUCCACAAGGGAAUACGACUUCUACCGAUCCCAAAUCUAAUAACCGCGAUACCGAAGACACGGAAUUGUAUGCCAACUCAAAACGUGACAGUGCUUGUUAUGCAAAUACUACCAAUGAAUGUAACUCGCCAUACGAAUUGGCGAAAUAGUUUGACACUAAUGUAUAAGAAUGGUGUGAUUAAAUGUUUCGUUUUUGUUGUUA